UGUUUGCUCUGAAGAUUGAUCGUGAUGAUGGCGGUGACAGUGUUGGCUUUGCUGAAUCUGAUAAAUGAGGAUGAUGAAGAGAUUUACUAGUUUGAGGUGCCGAUCAAUUUUUUUCUAAGGGGAUUGUCUGCUAUAUAGUAUUUUUUUGGGUGAAUAAAUGCAAUUUUUUGUGCAUUUGAAGCAGAUGGGUUGAAAGGGUUUGUUAGUUUAGAUUUCGGAGUGAUAUGGCUAUUGCUGGUCUACACAAUGUUUCUUUGCUUGAAAAUUCUUUCCUAAGGGAGUCUCAGUCUCGGGCAUCAAGAAGGCAGGAAAAUGGUAGCAGCCAGGCAUCCUCACUCCUGCAGAUGUGGCGGGAGCUUGAGGAUGAUCAUGUGGUGAGUCAUGCUCAAGAGAGAGCUAAUGAAAGAAUGCUCCAACAGAGGAGUGAGGUCCUUUCUGUUACUGAUCUUUCUGAUGGCCGACAUAGUGAACAUAGUGGUGUUACAGAGGAUGUGAGUGUGAGUGAGAAUGAGUUUGGGCAAUGGUUACCUGAUCGAUUUGGGUCACAGGGAGGGAAUGCAGAUUCAAGUAAUUUUAAUUGUGAGCAUUCAUCUGAUUUGGGGGAAGUUGAAAGGGAAAAGGUAAGGCAAAUUUUUCAGGAGUGGAUGAACAGUAGUGGCAAUGAAUGUACGUCUAAUGUUUCACGUAGACACAACAGUUCAAGGGCCCAGUGGCUUGGUGAAACUGAGCAGGAGAGAGUCAGAAUUAUAAGGGAGUGGGUGCAAACGAAUAGCCAGGUGAGAGGUGCUUGCAUGGACAGUAGUGAAGAGCAAGUUGCUGAUGCUGGUGGUCAAAUUGAACGAAUUCUUGAUGGAUUGGUGGUUAACCAUGUUGAAGGUCGAACCGAGCAUUUGCAUUGGGGCAUUCGGAAAUUAUGUGGUCGACAGGCCCUGCUUGAUAUGCUCAAAAAGACAGAGAGAGAAAGACAAUCAGAGCUUCAGGGGUUGUUGGAGCAUCGGGCUGUAUCAAAAUUUUCCCAUCGCAACCGAAUUCAGUCUUUACUAAGAGGUAGAUUCUUGAGAAAUAACAGAAUGGUUGAAGGUGACAGGUCUACCUCGGUUGCAGCCAGUGAAUUAGGCUUAUUAAGACAAAAACAGACUGUAUCUGGUCUAAGGGAAGGUUUUUUAUCCCGACUGGAUAAUUCGGGUUCUGGUCCUGCAACCAGUAAUCAUUCAGACACAUCUUCUAACGCUGACAGUAAUGAUAAUAGAAGUGAACAAAACCAAGUAAAUAAUACACAUUCUGCCAUAGAUGGAUUAAAUGACCAAUUUGAGUUUGAGAACGAGGAAACUGAUAAUCAAAGAUCUUUGGUUCAUACAACUGAUUUAGAGGUUGAACCUGAAGAUACAAGUUGUCAAGCAACUUCUGUUCGUGUAGAAGAGUGGCAGGAACAAAUUUCUGAUGGUGUGGUUAGUAACCGGCAGUGGUCUGCCAGUCCUGAGCCUAUUGAAAGCAGAUGUGAUAUUGGACAAGUCUUGGAUGGGGACAGGCAACAAAAUCUGGCUAAUGCGUCCAGCGAAACUAUACAAAAUGAAGCUGGAGAACAAAGUAGUCUACAAGAAUCUGGUGAAGCAUCUUAUGAACAUUCUCCCCAAGAUGGUGAGAGAGGUCGGACCUUUGGGUUAAUGAAUGUCGUAGAAAAUGUGGAAACAAAUCUGGUUGAGUAUAUUGAUGGCCAAGAGCUUGCUUCUCAAGGUGAACAAUGGCAGGAAGAGGAUGAGGAAAAUGAGGAUGCAGACUGGCAGGAAGCGACUGUGGAUUAUAAUGAGGUGAAUGAUGGUGGUAAUGAAGAAGCCUUUGACUUGCAUCAUGAGGAUGGUGGUAAUGAAGAAGCCUUUGACUUGCAUCAUGAAGAUGGUGAGAGUGAAAAUAGAGAUUAUGAUCUUAUGCUAGAAGCUCUUGACACGCAGCAUGAGGAUGCUGGCUUACAUGACACAAGACAGAAUUGGUUUGAAGUGUCUUACAGUCAACAACCUGCAACGAUUGAGAGAACAGACACAUUCUAUUUUCCUGAUGAUGAUAAUGUACACAAUAUGGAAUUGAGGGAACUGUUAAGCAGGAGAAGUGUGUCUACCCUUCUUCAUAGUGGUUUUCGUGAGAGGCUUGACCAAUUGAUACAAUCAUACGUGGACAGGCAAAAUCAAGGUUCUAUGGACUGGAACCUGAAUGAAGCAAUUCCCACUCCUGAAUCUCUUGAACAAGUUAUAGAACAGGAAAGCAGGCAUCAAAAUGAGGGUCAGAGUCCUCCAAUCACUGUUCUUUCGUACAGGAUGCAAUCUACGCAGCCACUCUGGGACCAGGAUUCACACCAUUAUAAUUGGCAGCCACAUGAUGCACACCAGUGCUUUGGCAUUGAGUGGGAGAUAAUCAAUGAUUUAAGGGUUGACAUGGCAAGAUUGCAGCAAAGAAUGAACAACAUGCAGAGGAUGCUGGAGGCCUGCAUGGAUAUGCAACUUGAGUUGCAGCGAUCAAUAAGACAAGAAGUUUCUGCUGCCCUGAACCGGUCAUCUGCUUCGCAAGGCAAGAUCGAUGACGACUUGCCCAAGGAUGCAUCUUCUGACUGGGAUAACGUCCGGAAAGGAAUUUGCUGUAUAUGCUGUGAAGGCAAUAUUGAUUCAUUACUAUACAGAUGCGGACACAUGUGCACGUGCUCGAAAUGCGCCAACGAGUUGGUUCAAGGCAGAGGGAAGUGUCCGAUGUGUCGUGCACCAGUAGUUGAGGUCAUCCGUGCUUACUCAAUCCUUUGAUAAGAAAAAGAAAUCUGGAUUAACAAUUAUAGACAUUUGCUCCUGGAUACACUUCAUCUCCAGGUAUAUCCUUUAUUUUUUCUCUUCACCCCCUAUUCUUGAUGAUGUACAGCACAUAAACUCAAUGUAUGUCGAAACAAAGCACGUGAUCGUUAAUUGAAUUAUAUAACUAAUCAAAAAUAAAAGCUCUGAGUGUAAGAUUGUUAAUUUUA